AUGAGGAUUGAGCAGUGUUCAUUCUGCGGUGCACCGAUAUACCCCGGUCAUGGUCAGAUGUUUGUGCGCAAUGAUUGUAAAAUAUUUCGUUUCUGCGCCUCCAAGUGCCGAAAGAACUUUGGUAUGAAGCGUAACCCAAUGAAGCUCAAAUGGACCAAGACGUUUCGUAAAGCCAAUGGCAAGGAACUUGCCGUAGAUAGCACGAUGGACUUUGAGCAGCGUCGCCACGUCCCCGUUAAGUAUAACCGGGAGCUGCUUCAUAACACCUUGAAGGUUAUGAAACGUGUGGAGCGCAUUAAGCAGAGUCGACAAGAGGCGCUUUGGGAGCGGCGUAUGGAGAGGGCACACCUGCAAGAGCGCCGUGACGCCGCGUCUGCACUUAAGCACAACAUUGAUUGGAUUGAGGACACGGAGGUUAAACACAAGGCGCGUGAUGAUCUUGUGGCGGUGCAGCAGGAGGCAGAAGUGAAGAAGCAGCAGCGACGCGAGGCCGCACGUAAGCGAGCGCAGAAGCGGCGGGAGAUGGAGAGGGCCGCCGGUGCCCCCACAAAUACUUCCGUGAAGAGUCGUCACUGA